CAUUAGUCAACUCCUUUCCUCAGAAACUUCUAUCCAUGGUCUGAAUUCUGAAUUGUAUUUGGCUGCCUCAUCAUCACCCUUGACAUUACAAAAUCUCUCAUUUCCAUUUGCAUGCCAAUUUGGAAUUAAGAAAUGUCUUUAUAUGCUCUAACUCCCUUGAAUUUGACUUGUCUCCCUUCACACAUCACACCUCAAAUCCUUUCUCCCAAAUCAUUUCUCAUUCAUCACUUCUGAUUCUCGAAUCUUCAUUUUACUUUUCUGCUCAAUUCUACUUUUCUUCCUCCUCUUCCUUUUUGGUUGCGGGAUUAGCCACAAUCACAAGAACAUGAGCGUCCUAUCAAGAGAUUAAUCAUCGAUAACCGCACCAAAAUGACCAUGGACCGAACUUCGCCACCAGAAACCCCUCCCAGAGACCCCAAACCUCUCAUGGUCCUCUCCAUCGAGUGCCUCAAAGGUAGUUCUAAAGCCGAUGAGUGGACGUCUGACAUGCUCCAGACCGGUGAUAUAGUUGAAGAAAUCAGGAUCGGAUACGGUUCUUCUUCUGGACACAGGUCGUCUCAAUCGUUUAAGGCUCCGUUCAAGAGCGGAAAGACUGGGAUCCAAAAGAUUCUUCAUAAUUCGUUUAAGAACAAAGAGACUUCCAUUCUCGUUCGAGUUAGGCGAGGCCAGGACGAGUUCGCUGAGUUGCAAGCGUGUAUAGUGCCUGAAUCGGGCUCUAAAAAGCAGUACAUUUUGAGGUCUAUUGCGGAUCCAAAUUAUGCAGUCGGAUUCUCAGAUCGGUCCGAGGCGGACUGCUUCGAGAUGCAAGGUUCAAGAAGCUCCAGGAUCGCUACUGCGUUAUCCAGGGCAACACUUCAAGACGGAUAUGUUGCAUAUACAUGGAUGAAGAAGAUGCAGGAGGUGCUACCUGUUCCCAACUCAAGCUGCUUUCUUUCUAUUCUCUUCCUUCCUAAAGCUUCAGAUCGAGUUGCUUCCAGAUACAAUGACUUGGAGGACACUCUUGCUAGGGCAAAUACAUGGUUGUAUGCAUCUCAGGCCUCCGGGGUCCCUAUUGUUUUCAUGAAUAUUCAGACCGAAUCCCUACUUACGAAGAUAUCUGGAGAGACCGCCUCUUCUACUGUGAAUGCUGGGUCAUUAUCCGAUUUGUCUAAUCUAGCACAUGUAAGCUUGUACGGUUUUGAGGAUUACCAUGGAGUUGACAUCGGUGUCGUCAGGGCAGUCCGUCUCUGGUAUGCACCUCUUUGCGGAGAGUUUGCUAUAGAGAUGAAGAUAAAAGAAGGGGACUCAAAGCUUGGGUUUGCCAUUAGUCGCACAGAAGAGGGAUUUAUCUACAUUUCGUCAGUUAUUGAUGGAAAUGAAAAUGUACCCUCGACAAGGUCAGGGCUCAACGAUCUAUACAAGGAAGCUAUGAGUACAUCAAGAUUGCUGGUUGUUUCCAGAGUGUCAAACCAGAAGGUACUUCCUUGGAUGGUUUCUUCAACAGGAGCAAUACGUUGCUUUGACACUGUUUCCCUCAGCCAGAAACUUUCACUCCAUCGGCAUGCCAACACGCCUAUCCUGAUUCAUGUUUUCUUAUGGGAUCGAGCAUUGGCUACUCCAUGUACAGGCAGUGCUAGGCUUAGGUCCGUCUCCCCUCCCAUCAUGUCAUUGCCAUCUGAAAUUCAAUUGGCACGCCAUCCUAGUGAGAAUCAAAUACUUCCUCUGCCACCUGAAGUUGUGGACGAGAGUGUAGAUAUUAGAGAUGUGCCAGAGGUUAGGCUUGAGCGUGACACAGCUGGAGAAGUCUCCUUCAGAUUCCAUGAUUUUUCAAUUGCAAACAACUGGGUGUGACUAUUUAAUUCAUUAGGUUUUCUUGUCAAUAGAUCAUUGUACAUACGGAAAUUUCAGGAUCAUGUGAGCUCUAAUCGCAGAUAUACAGCUUAAUGUAGAAAUUUAGGAAUAAGAUCCUAGAAUUAUUCGUACCGUAGAGUGCAAACUGAUAGUAUAUGAAUGAAGUGCCAUUUCUUUA